AAAAUUACUCGUUAACCCAUCUAUAUAUAAUAAAUAAUACGCACUUUAUUGACGUUUAGUAGACUUCGUGUCGAUACUGUACAUGUCAAUAGUUUUAAAAUGUGGUACUUAAAAGUGUCGUCGAGUCUAUACAUAGCGGUGGCAUUAAUCUGUAUGAUACAGAAUGCAAUAUCACUCACUGUAGACCAAAAUGCAGAGGAUCAGUGGUCAAAACUGGAAAGUUCUACAGAUCAAAUUGACUUAAAAAAAAUUUUAAAACUGUGUAAAAAUUCUAUUAAUAGCUUCAAUGAAAAAUUAGAGAAUACGAAAACUACUGUUAACAAAAAAUUGCCUGAACCUAAUAAGACAACGGAAGAUAUAGAAAAAUUAGUAAGUGAUGUAAAAACUCAAAUUAAAAAUUCAUCUACAGAUCUUGUAACUGUAAGAAAAUUAGUUCAAAAAACUGCUUUACGAUUUAGAGACACAUUCAAAUCUCUUUCAUCAUUUACUGAGUUAGAUAAUGAAACUGUAAAUAAAGAAUUAGAAGGUAUUAAGAAAACAACAGUUGAUGGUAAAAAACCACUUGUAAAUCGUGUUGUACGGUCAUUUGGAAAACGCUACGAUCUUAAUAAAUUGGCGAACAGGGUUCUUGAAAUAUCUGCUGAUCGUGAAAAGUUAAAAAAUAAUUAUGACGAAAAAAAAAAAAUUGCUAAAAAAGAAUUGAAUUCGUUGUGGAAUUCAUUAACUAAUCAUUCAAAAACUGUGAAUGAUAAUGCUUUAAAGGCCUUUGAAACUUUCUUCGAAGGCAUGAAAUCUCUAAAAUCUGUGAAAAAAAAAGUUAAGACUAUUGGAGAAGACGCAAUAAAUGAAAUAAAAAAAGGAAAUGAUUUUAAUAACAUAAAAAAUGCAGUUGAAUUAGCUAAAGCAUUGAAAUUGAAGUUUGAAGAUGAAUGGAAUCUUGAUACUGGGGAAUUAAAUUAUAGCGAAGAACAGAAAAAAGAUACUACACAAACAAUGGAUGAAAAUCUUGUUGAAGAUAAUGAAUAUGAUGAUUCUACAAACGAUAUUGAACCUAGUUUGCCAACAACGGAACAAGACACGAUUGAUAAUGAAAAAAUAAAUGCUAUUCCAUCUACCCAAAUUGAGAUUGAAAAACCAUCAAAGAAUGACAGUCUUACCUCAGAUAAAGCUGUUUCUGAAGUUGAAGAAACACAAUUGCCUACUGAGUCAGAAAAUAAAGUUCAAACUACAAAACUGCAACCUACAAUAAAAGACGACCUUCCAGAUGAUAAUAUUUCUGAUAACAAAAACUCUCCGAUUGAAGAAACUUCAAUAAUCCCUAACACGGAAAAUAAAGAAAAUAAAGAAAAAAUAUUAUUAGUUGAACCCAAAGAUUCAAAUAAUGAAACAAAUCUUACAGAUGGUAUAAAAUCAGAUUUAUCAAAUAAUGAAAUUACAUUUAAUCCUGAUAUCACCAAUGACGAUACACUUAUUUCGCCAAAUAAAAAUGCAGAAAACAAUAAAACAAGUAAGAUAAUAAAUAAAAAAACAAGUAGGGAAAAAAUCCCAAUACUACCAUGGGAAAAACUAAUACAAUUAGAUGAUACACAGGUUAGUCAACAAUCAAAGAAGUGUGAAAGUUUAUUGAAUAAUAUAUUACCAGACUUUGAUAAUAUCAAAAAAUUAGCGAAAAACUCAAUACAAGUAACACAGAAUUAUAAAGCUUUACAAAACAUAGAAAAUGAAACUGUUCAACGAUUUUAUGAUAAAAUGGUUGAUACAAACACAAAACUCUCUGAUUAUUUAGUUGAUUCCGCAGAAGAUGUUUGUGCUAAAGUAACACCAAUAAAUAAAAGAUAUGAAACGAAAUUUAAAAAUGAUCCAAACAUUAAACGUAUAAACUAUUUAUUAACAAAACAGUACGAUCCUAAUCAGUACAUUUUAAAAGUCUUAGAUGAUGCAAGUCAUAAAACUGGAAUUGGUGGCAUGAAAAAGACUACAUAUUAUAAAAUGUUAGCAGUAGCUCAUAAUUUGAACCACGAAACGAAAGAAAUGGAAGAUGCUGCAUUAUACGCAAUGAACAAAAUCUAUGAAGGAAAAUUAGCUGCAACUAAUUUACAAAAAAUGUUUAAUAAGGAAAAGGCAUCAAAAGCUUGUUAUAUAAGAAACAUUUUACUAGAAAAAGAGAACGAUGCUGAGAAAAAGAAUAGGGAUGAAAAUAAAGAAAAAAUAAAAGAAAACAUAAAUAAUGACACGAAUACAGAACCAUUAAAACCUGACGUCAACUUAGAUUCUGUAGAUGACAUACAACCACCAACAAUCAAUGAUGAUAAUGAACCAAUAUUAAAUAAUAAAGAAGAAGAGGAAACAAUAAACGACACAAAUGAACCAACAACUCAUAAUAAUCUAGAUGAUAGUGAAAAUGAUAACACUAAAAAAGAAAAUGAAGAACAGAAAACUGAAGAAAACUAUAAUAUUUCAUCUCUUCCACAAAACAAAGAUAGUGAUUCUACUACGCAAACGACAAAUGAUGGUGCUCAUAAACCAAAACGUAAUAUCACCAGGAAAGUAACUCACCACAGAAAUCAUAGAAAUCCCAAUGAUCCCAACGAUGUAUCAGAAGAAUAUGACACAAUAGAAGAAAUUGAUGAUGAAGAGGAUGUUACAAAUCAAUAUAAGUCAAGCGAGGAUAAGUCUAAUGAUACACCCGAAGCAGAAUCAUUAGCUCAUUAUGAUAAUAAACAAGAAGUUGCAGAACCUGAACAUUCAGAAAAUAAAAAUGGUGAACAGAAAACUGAAGAAAACUAUAAUAUUUCAUCUAUUCCACAAAACAAAGAUAGUGAUUCUACUACGCAAACGACAAAUGAUGGUGCUUAUAAACCAAAACGGAAUAUCACCAGGAAAGUAACUCACCACAGAAAUCAUAGAAAUCCCAAUGAUCCCAACGAUGUAUCAGAAGAAUAUGACACAAUAGAAGAAAUUGAUGAUGAAGAGGAUGUUACAAAUGCAUAUAAGUCAAGCGAGGAUAAGUCUAAUGAUACACCCGAAGCAGAAUCAUUAGUUAAUUCUGAUAAUAAACAAGAAGUUGCAGAACCUGAACAUUCAGAAAAUAAAAAUGGUGAAUCAAAUGAAGAAAGUAAUUCUCAUGAAGAAACUACUCAAGAAGGUGAACCGGAUGAAUUUAAAACAAACCAACGUAUAAAGCGAAUAGAUCCUAAAGAUGGAAAAGAUAUAUCUGAAAAAUACGAAGAAGAAGGCGGAAACAAAUUAAAUAAAUCAGGUGAGAAAACAUUUGGUGAUACUGAAAAGUCUGAGUCACCUGUUACUACUGAAAAUCAAGAUGACGCGGAAGCACCUGGUCGUUUACAAAGUGAAAAUGCUGAAUCAAAUGAAGAAAAUAGUACACCAACAGAUACAUCUGAAGCAGAUAAUUUAGGUAAACCCAAAACAAAACUUCGUAGAAAACGAAAAGAUCCCAAAGAUGGAAAACCAUUAUCAGAGGUAAAUGAUACAUUUGAGGAAGACGAAAACAUUUUAAAUAAGUCAAUACAAAAAAAAACUACUGAUACUUCUGAAAUAGAACCAGCAUUUAAUGAGGAAAUCAAUAGUGAACAGGAAAUAGAAGAAGAAGAUACCAAUACAGAUAUUACUUCGGUGAACGAAGAUACUACAAAAGAAAAUUUGAAUAUGGAAUCAAAAUCUUUUGAUGAAAAAAUAGAUCCAGAAACAGAAGAUGAUUUGAAUGAAAAUGUAAACUUAAAUAGUGUAGAAGACGCAGAAUUGAAAUAUGUAGAUAAUGAAAAAAUUCACCGACCAGCAGAAAGUAUGGGAGAAGAUUCAAGGUCAUAUGAAUCAAGUUAUACACCAGAAUACGACGAAACUUCAGAAGAUCAUCAUUUACAUGAACAUGAACCAGAAACACCGACCAAUGAAGUAGCAGCUAAACCAAGUGAUAUUGGUGAACAAGAUGAAAGAAAUAAUCAACCAAAAAGACGCCACAGGCGACAAAGAGAUCCGAACACCGGACUAGAAGUGUCUGAAGAAUAUGAUACCCAUGAAGAACAGGAUGAGGAAACACCAUUAGAAGAUAACAAAAUCGAUACACCAGAAUACGACGAAACUUCAGAAGAUCACAAUUUAUAUGAACAUGAACCAGAAAUACCGACCAAUGGAGUAGCAGCUAAACCAAGUGAUAUUAAUGAACAAGAUGAAAUAAAUAGUCAACCUAAAAGACGCCACAGGCGACAAAGAAUCCGAACACCGGUCUAG